AGACUUCCUAAGUGAUGAUGAUAUUGAUGAUAGUGAUGGUGUUCGCUUCGAACUUUUUGUAUUACUGACGCCUUUGGGGCAACUGACAUACUGUGAGAGCGUCCUCCGUUUCCGCUGCGCCGGCUAUUUUUAUCAUUGCCCUCAUCUUUUGAAUGUUUACGAUGUUGGGACGGGGAGGACAUCGGCGAUGUGUCCAAGGGCAGUGGAGGAUCUGAUUUUGAACGUAUAAGCUGAUUUUCGGUACGGGAUGGUUUAGGUGUAGAUGUCGUCGACGGUGACGACAUCGUUCGAAAAUAUCCCGGCUCACCUAUAUCUUUGCCGAUGUCGCCAACUGAGAAGGACUUGUGAUCACGGGUUUGAGUUGAGAGAAUUGGACUCAUGUUACCUUCUGAUGUCGUCGACGACGAUGAUGCGCUACUCGCCUUUCGUUGCACUGAACCAGUUAUUGAAAAAGGAUUAGCAGGAGCACCAGAGGAUGCAGUCUUUAUUAAAUGCUCUGUAGGAGACCGAACAAGCUGGAAGGACCCUAACAAUGAGUUUCGCGUGAAUGAGAAACUACGAUUAAAAGGUGUUCCAACACUACUGCAAAUGAACUCACCCAAGAAACUAGUUGAGGAAGACUGUUCCAAUGCUGAUCUUGUUGAGAUGUUCUUCCAAGAUGACUGAUCAUGAUGGAUUCUUCUGGUCCAGCUUUGGGUCCAAGACCAAACUUCAGCCAACAUCAGUUAAUCUGUUGCCUUUGGGAACCAGGUGCUCCUUGCACAAAGUCAUUGAGAAUAUAAAAAAAAUCAGUAAGCAACAUAUUAAGGGAAUAUGAUGCAUUAAGCAAUAAAUCAUGAUUUGCAUAACAUAUAAAUGUAAAUGAAGAUUCAUUGGCCCUUCUUUGGCUGAUCAGAUUUCGAAAAAACCUAAUCCAAUAAACUUUAGUUAAAGCUUUUACAUACAGCGCACGUUCAAAACAAAGUUCUUGACAUCCUGAAUGCUUGCCAGAGGUUUGCUGACAUACCAACAACUAAUGUAUGCAAAGUGAACUCAAAGUGAACUCAAUCUGUUUGAACAGAUAAUAAGUAAAAUCAGACAAACACUGACAAUUUCAUCAAGGAAUAACAAUAUAAUGAAAUUUUAAAUGUUUGCAUUAAUUUGAUGAAGCAGUUGUAUAUGAUACAAUGAAACGCCUGGUGAUGUCAUAUCCCCACUUAUUCUGUUGUAUUUUAUUAUUUGAAAUUCUAAUUCAAAUUUUGUCUUGAAAGAAUAGAAAAAAAUGUUUUACUAUUGACUUAAUGUGUAAGAUAACACUGUCACACUAUUUUGUCAAAGGGGAAACAUAUCAUACACUCGUGUAUGAAAAUAGGGAAUUAUUAUAAGAAUGGGGACAUGAUGUUAUCAGUUCACCUAUUGCUUUUUCAUGAUGGUAGGCAUAUGGUUUCACAAAAUAGGCCUACUGUUAAGCUUCAAAAUUCAAUGACUUUGUAAUUUGUUAUCAGAUUUUGAUGAAUUUUUCAGCAUUUUGCUCAGUGAAUUUUAUAUAUUUUAGGUGUAUUAAUUUCAGCCCGAUGUACACAUUUAAUGAGUACUAACAUGCUAAAGGGCAAACUUAUAAUAUAAUAAUAAUAAUAAAGGUAUAUUUACCCAGGAUAGCCACUUCAGUUCCGAAAACUGUUCUCCCAGCGGGCCCUGCUAUUACCCGGCUAAGCUAGGCUACCUAUUCGGUGCACACAGCUUUUUUGAGGAAUUACUUCCUGCCGGUACCCAUUUACCUCACCUGGGUCCAGUGCAGCACACUGUGGAUGAAUUCCUUGCUGAAGGAAAUUACGCCAUGGCUGGGAUUUGAACCCACAACCCUCUGUUUCAAAGUCCGGAGACUAAUCCACUGAAAUCCAUUGAAAAGGAAUAUUCCUCGUGGGGGGUUGAGGAGUGUCUGACACCCUUUUGGCUUAUAUUCUUGUAAAAAAAAUGUUUUAAAAAUGUUUGUAUUAUUGUAUGCUGUAUGUAUAGGAAAUUGAAGAAAUCCUGAAGGGGGGGGGGGAGAAAAGUGAAAUUUGGACCCUUUUGGCUGUUAUUUUUGUACAAAUUUGUAAUAAUGAACAAUAAUAAUAAUAGUAAUAUUGAUAAUAACAACAACAAGGAUAAUAAUAACAAGAAAAUUCUCAUUCACCAAGGGUAGCCACUUCAUCUCUUGUGGACUGUUCUCUCAGCGAGCCCUGCAAACAUUUUAUUGUUAUUAUUACCCUUCUCUAGUCUAAUAGUAAUACAUCAAGAGCCUGACAAGAAGGCAGAAGGCCCCAUUUUUAAAGUCUUUGGUAUGACUAGGCUGGGAUCGAACCCACAAACUGCUGUUCAUGAGGUGGACCCUCUAUCACUUUGCCACCAAAUUCUGAUCAUGUAGUCUGUAGUAAUGUAAUGUAAUUUAAUAAUUUGUCCAUACAAUUUUGCUCUAAGGAAAUAUAUGAUGACAUGUUUUCAAUUGAUUGUCACUUCUUAGUCCACUUUAGUUGCUCACAAGGUUUUUUAAUAGUGCAAUCACAUAACAUUUCAACUUGCUGUUUGAAUUUUAUGCCGAUAAUGAGAAGGACCUUGGUCAAUCAUUCCUUCAUUAAUUCCAGCCAUGACAAUGAUCAUGUAAAGGAUUUUUACAGAGUCCAAUGAAUUAAGUGCCCAAAUUCAUGCUGGUAAAAUAACUAAUAAAAGUUGUAAUAAAAUAGUUAAAAUUCUGUAUGUCGGCCUUUUGGAGAACCCUUCCUGAAAAGGAAUGAUAUUGAUUGAUUUAGAACUAUUAGUAAACAUCGAAAAUUCUGCCUCAUUAAGCAACAGAGAGUUGGUAUAAAUGUAUCACUCUUUGCAUUAUCAAUCAUUCCAUGAAAUUUUAUAAUUCAAUCUACUUGAAACUGUUGUAAGAAGAUUGUGCUAUUUUUUUUUAGAGAAGGUUGUACAAUGCAGGUAUUAUGAUUUGUUGUUUAAGUUGUAUGCUUAAGAAAAUAAAGAGGAUUGAAUGUACAAUAGAAAUUACUCAAUAAAAUGCUUAUAAUGUA